ACCUCAAAGAACGGGGAGAGAUUAAUGAUAACUUGGUAAGUUCAUCUCUCUGUUCAUCUCAGUGAACUCGAUCAUAAUAAGAGAAGCAAGGCGAGUCAAGUUUUAUGAAUAGCGUACCUUAUCAAGGUAUGAGCAUGGAAGAAGCAGAAGAAAAUAAAGAGAUUGAAAAUGAGAAAUUGGAAGAGCCACAUGAUGAAGCUGAACCAUGGACAAAGCAAAUCACUGUAAGAGGAGUGCUAGUGAGUGCUGUGAUUGGGGCCAUGUAUAGUGUGAUAGCUAUGAAGCUGAACCUCACAACUGGGCUGGUUCCAAAUCUAAAUGUUUCUGCAGCACUUCUCGCUUUUGUGUUCAUCAGAACAUGGAUAAAAAUGCUUCAUAAGGCAGGAUUUGGAGCCAAACCCUUUACCCGUCAAGAGAAUACUAUGAUUCAAACUUGUGCAGUCGCUUGUUAUAGUAUAGCUGUGGGAGGUGGGCUUGCUACUUAUCUUUUGGGAUUAAGCAGGAAGACAUAUGAGUUGUCAGGGGAAAACACUGAAGGGAACUCUCCAAGAGCUAUAAAGGAGCCUGGAUUUGGUUGGAUGACUAGCUUCCUCUUUCUAGUUUGCUUUGUUGGCCUUUUCGUCUUGAUUCCACUUAGAAAGAUCAUGAUAAUAGACCUCAAGUUGACUUAUCCGAGUGGUUUGGCAACAGCAGUUCUUAUCAAUGGCUUCCAUACCCGAGGAGAUAAGAUGGCUAAGAAACAAGUUCGUGGGUUCAUGAAGUACUUCUCAAUCAGCUUCUUGUGGGCAUUUUUCAAGUGGUUUUUUGCAGGGAAAGGGGCAUGUGGAUUCGGACAGUUCCCUACUUUUGGAUUGCAAGCUUGGAAGCACACCUUUUUCUUUGAUUUUAGCGCCACUUUCGUGGGAACAGGGAUGAUUGUUUCUCACCUGGUGAACUUGUCUUUGAUUCUUGGGGCCCUCCUCUCAUACGGGAUUAUGUGGCCUCUUAUCAAUAAGCUCAAGGGAGAUUGGUUCCCUGCCAGUUCAGGCGAAGCUGACAUGAACGGUUUGGAUGGUUACAAGGUUUUUAUAUCUAUUGCUCUGAUACUAGGAGAUGGGCUAUACAAUUUCGUUAAGAUAAUUAGUUUUACUAUCAUUAAUAUCCAUGGCAGAUUAAAGAGCAGCAGCAACCUCAGCACAGAGGCUCUGGAUGAGCAGCGCAAGUCAAAUGAUGAUUUAAAACAAAAAGAACUCUUCGUCAGGGAGAAGAUACCCAUGUGGAUAGGGGUAGCUGGAUAUGUCUUCUUCUCCAUUAUAUCCAUAAUCGCGGUCCCAAUAGUAUUCCCUCAGCUUAAAUGGUACUAUGUUGUCGUUGCUUACUUUCUUGCUCCAUCUCUGGCAUUUUGCAAUGCUUAUGGAGCUGGUCUUACCGACAUAAACAUGGCAUAUAAUUAUGGCAAAGUUGCUCUCUUUGUGCUAGCUGCAUUAUCUGGGAAAGAGAAUGGUAUCGUUGCGGCUCUUGCCGGAUGUGGCCUUAUUAAAUCCGUUGUCUCUGUUGCUUGCACUCUAAUGCAGGAUUUCAAAACAGCCCAACUGACUUGCACAUCCCCAAGAGCGAUGUUUAUGAGCCAGGUUAUUGGCACUGCUGUUGGAUGUGUGAUGGCUCCUCUCAGCUUCUUCGUCUUCUACAAGGCAUUUGACGUUGGAAACCCGAAGGAAGAAUUUAAAGCUCCUUAUGCUCUGAUAUAUAGAAACAUGGCAAUUGUGGGUGUUCAGGGGUUCUCAGCUUUGCCUCACCAUUGUUUGCACCUUUGUUAUGGCUUCUUUGGUUUUGCAGUAGCAGCUAAUCUCGUGAGAGAUCUCUCGCCACAGAAACUUGGACCAUGGAUACCUCUUCCGAUGGUCAUGGCACUGCCUUUCCUUAUUGGUGCUUACUUUGCCAUUGAUAUGUGUGUUGGAAGUUUAAUUGUUUUCGCAUGGCACAAAAUCAACCACCCCAAGGCAGAGUUGAUGAUACCAUCAGUUGCUUCAGGAUUGAUCUGUGGAGAAGGGCUGUGGACUCUACCUUCCGCUAUUCUUGCUUUGGCCAAAAUAAAUCCACCAAUCUGCAUGAAAUUUGUACCUUCCUAGAGAAACCUCAUCAACUGGCAUCCCACUACCAUGAUGCCUUUGAUUUGGCAGACUCCAAAUUUAUACCGGAUGUCAUCGCCAAAUUUGCCAUAACAUAAUAUAUUACUCAUCUUUUUAUCCGCUAUGAUUGGACAUUCAAUGUUUUCUCCUGCAAAUGUUUUGUUUAUUUUCCUUCCUUUAUACACGACAUGAAAAGCAAGAAAUUGCAGGGACAAUGGUCCUUCCAUCUUGCAAACUUCCUUGUGAAAUCAACAGCUAUUAAGUAGGAAGAAUUUUGAUAAUUUUUGCUACAAUUUUUAGUUUACAUAUUCAACUCAUCCCAUUUGUGUCCCCCAUCCCAAGUCUGAACAAAAUCAUUCAUAGGCUGUAUAAACAAAAGAAUCUACACUUGAUAUAUAAUGCAGAUUUUAUAAACCUUACGCUAUGCCAAAAACUUCAAUAUACAGAAUUCUUAAUGAAAUGACCAAAUCUGAAUACAGGAACUGUAAACCUUGAAAAUUAUAUUGCCCUGGUCACGAACGUAAUAAUAAUUAUAAUCAACUUGUGACAAUAGCUGCUAGGACUUCACUUUUACCACGUGCAUAGAUUGUGUAAACUAAACGGAUUGCAUCCAGCCAUCCUUCCAGGGAUUCCCAUGAGUCAGCUACC